AUGAAUGGGAAACGUAUCAAGCAUUUCUUACAUGUUCUUAUGGAAAGAUCAACGUUUGUUUAUAACAGUUCUCACUGGAGCGAUUACACAGAAUACAAUCUCCCUGGAGGAGAAACUGGAUUCGACAGACAGGAAACCAAGUUAUCAACCUACUGGAAUACUCCCUUCUCUCAAAUCUGUCUAGGAAUGAAUAUCGGCCAACAGCCCAAAUUCAUUGUCAUCAAUAAGCAAUCUGAAUCUCUGUACUCACUGAUCGCUGACGGACAAUACCGCCCUACUUCACUGGGUCGUGACUACUGGAAGACGCUGCUUGGUUCUGAGGUCUCUUUGCAGUAUAAUUGUAAUCAGGAAGGGUUCAACGCAGGAGGUCACGAGGAGCGUUACUCCAAAGCUCGAAUUGGUAUCGCUAGCAACAACGAGAACCACUGUUCCUCAUGCAACUCGAGGAUCGGAUUCGGUACAGGAGGGAGACCUGAUGACUCAAACAGUUGUGGAAACGAAGCGGAAAAUUACUCUACAGAUAAUGGAGAGAACCACAUCAAAGCCAUGGGAUAUAUCAUGGUACAAUGAGUAAAUACUGAACUUAAGAGCUUAGCAUUCAUUUAAGUUAUCAAGUUAAAGAGUUGGCACUUGCUAUUGAGCUAUCAAGGUCUUAAGCCUCAGGGGCUAAUGUGCAGGAAUGUCCAUGAGACUCUAGAAUUUGAUGUUCAUCAGUUUUAGAUGCAAUCGUUUAAGGCUGCUAUUCCACACCACUAAACACACACUUUCUUUUCCAGGUAUUUAUAUCGUGUUAGUGGUUGAGAAAAAUUGGAAUGGGAUUUAAAAAAGGGCACCCGUGUCUAUUGUCAUGUACUGUGACAAAACAUCAAAUAGGUAAAUUUUUCUGGCAAUGGCCAAUUUAUAUUCACUGCAAAAUAGAUGGACAUAGGAUGAGCUUGCCUGAUAUAUAAGAUUGAGAAAAAAAAAAUUGUUCUUGACAUACUGCUUUCCUACCUUUGAGGUGUGAGACUAAAUAUGCUGACGUAACAAACAAUUCAUAAUCCUUAUAUUCACCAUUACGAGAAUUAUGGCGGAGGCACCAUGAAAUAUGCCGAGCGUAAGAUGUUAGUGGAAUAUAGGACUUGAGGACAUCAGAAAAAUGCACAAGUUUGCACAUUUUUAGCCAUUGAUAACUUCUCCGACGCUUGCACCUCGAUCUACCUUAUGUUGUUGCUUUGUAGUGAACUUUUAUUGUGCCUUUUAUCUCGUAUUUCAAU